AUGGCCUCUAACGGGCUUUCAGGGUGUCUGAUGACAUUGUACUACCGCAUGGCGGCCUUCGGGCACCACUCCUACAGCAUGCGGGAGUCAGACGUGCUCUACGACUGUCUGCCCCUGUACCACUCCGCAGGGAACAUCAUGGGCGUGGGGCAGUGCAUCAUCUACGGGCUGACGGUGGUCCUGCGCAAGAAGUUCUCUGCCAGCCGCUUCUGGGACGACUGCGUCAAGUACAACUGCACGGUGGUGCAGUACAUCGGGGAAAUCUGCCGCUACCUGCUGAAGCAGCCUGUGCGCGAGGCUGAGCGGAGGCACCGCGUGCGCCUGGCCAUGGGCAAUGGGCUGCGCCAGGCCAUCUGGGAGGAGUUUGCACAGCGCUUUGGUGUGCCGCAGAUCGGCGAGUUCUACGGAGCCACCGAGUGCAACUGCAGCAUGGCCAACAUGGACGGCAAGGUCGGCUCCUGUGGCUUCAACAGCCGCAUCCUGACCAACGUGUACCCCAUCCAGCUGGUGAAAGUGAACGAGGAGACCAUGGAACCGCUGCGCGACGCCCAGGGCCUGUGCAUACCCUGCCAGCCUGGGGAGCCGGGCCUCCUGGUCGGCCAGAUCAACCAGCAGGACCCACUGCGCCGCUUCGAUGGCUACGUCAGCGACAGCGCCACGGACAAGAAGAUCGCACAUAGCGUGUUCCGCAAGGGCGACAGCGCUUACCUGUCAGGGGACGUGCUGGUGAUGGACGACCUGGGCUACAUGUACUUCCGGGACCGCAGCGGGGACACCUUCCGCUGGCGCGGGGAGAACGUUUCCACCACGGAAGUGGAGGGUGUGCUGAGCCGCCUGCUGGGGCAGACGGACGUGGCCGUGUACGGGGUGGCCGUGCCAGGGGUGGAGGGGAAAGCGGGCAUGGCCGCCAUCGCAGACCCCCGCCGGCAGCUGAACCCAGACGCCAUGUACCAGGAGCUGCAGAAGGUGCUGGCACCCUACGCCCGGCCUAUCUUCCUGCGCCUGCUGCCUCAGGUGGACACCACAGGCACCUUCAAGAUCCAGAAGACCAGGCUGCAGCGAGAGGGCUUUGACCCCCGCCAGACCUCAGACCCGCUCUUCUUCCUGGACCUGAAGCAGGGCCACUACCUGCCGCUGGACGAGGGGGUGUACAGCCGCCUCUGCGCGGGCGCCUUCGCCCUGUGAGGGU